AUGAACGAGACGAGCGGCCGGAGACGUAACAUUCUGGGGUAUGGCGCGCCCCCACACUCAAUUAACACGCAACUUGAGACGAGCCUGUCAGCCGUAACCAUCCACCCAGCCAGCAGCAAGGGCAGCGAGAGCGACCGCGAUGGCAACACAGAACUCGACUCACCACUGAGCACCGAAGGCGCGCUCCUGUUCACUGCGCGGCCUGGAGGGCUGGCGCGGCGUGUGUCCAGCGACAACGACACCGAGACGUUGGCGUGUAGUAGCGAUUUUGGCAGCACAACACCGACAUACUUUGAGGGCGGUAGCGUGGUUCUGCGGCCGACACCACGACACAAGAUUGCCAGGGCCGUUGGCGAGGAGGAAGUGCCAUAUCUGACCAGCCUUCUGUUGAGAGCCGUCCGAGUUGUCCCGUUUGCCCAGUACGUGCUGCACCCGCGCGUCGUUUGUGUGCUAGGGUGCAUCGCAUUUGUCGGCCUGGGUGUGGGGUACACCGUGCUGUCAAAGCUCUUGGACGACGACUUGGGCCUGCACUUCCCGUAUGCAAUGCAGCUGCUGGUGCAGGUGAUGGCAGCUGUGAUGCUUGAGGCAUUCUCGCACCAGUAUGGCAUGUUCUCGCGCACAGGCCGGAUUCGAACUGCACGUUUGUUGCCGCUUACAGCCCUGUACGGCGUUAGCGUGGUAUUGAGCCAUUGUGCACGGCAGGUCAAUUCUGUGCAUGGCACAUAUCAGAUCACCCAGGCGCUCCUGCCCGCUGUGGUCAUGGUGAUGAUGGGGUCAACCGCCACAGUAUAUGCUGCUGGCAGGAGACAUCAGCGGGCGGGCAAGAACUGCCGCACCUCGCUGCUUGUGUUCCUGAAGCGCAUGGCCAGCCGGUUUGUUGACCAGGGCCGCGACGCCCUGGGACAUUCGAGCAGCUCGGUGAUAGACCUGCCGCUGUUUGCAUCCAGUAACUUGGCCGAUGACUUUGACUCAUCGGUGGCUAGUGCACGCGACAGCAAGCCGCAGCGUGUGGCGCGAUGGCUGACACUUCCGGUUGCUGCCGCUAUGGCUUUGGCGCUAUGGGCGCCAGCGUUCCACAUGGUGGCUAUGCCUGAGCCCGAGACUGGCCUGAGCACCAGCUUGGGGUUGGCGCGCAGUAUGCUGAACAUCCUGCUGUCGCUGGCCAGCCUUCUGGUCAACGCCAGCCUUUUGGUGGGAAUCAGCGAUCAUCUUCAGCAGCAUCCAGGGCUGUCGGCUGCAGCGUUCCUCAGACAUUUUACGCCGCUGUGCACUUUGGUCCUGCUGGUCCUGUGGCCGGUGCUGGAGGCGCCUGUGAACACGCUCGAGGCCGUGUGGCUAGGCCCGACGCCUGCCUUGCGUGUAGUGCUGUCGUGCGUGGGUGUAGCCACCCUGGGCGCCUUGUCAUAUCUGGCCAAGAUUGCGCUGCUCAGAUCUGCAGUCAGCGACGGACCGGUGGGCGUGGCCAUGGCGGGCCAGAUCCAUACCAUCAUCUGCCUGGGCAUUGGCUGGUGGAGCUACGGGUACGCACACUGGGGCCUGCAGGUGCUUGGAUUCUAUACUGCCAUAGUGUGCUUGGCAGUGUGGGCCGCGAGCCGGAUUACAGCCAAUGUUGGCAAUCUGGUGCCAGUCCUAUCAUCGCACUCGUUCAAGACCACGCGCUCGCGCAAGUACAGCUCAGCCAUUUUCUAG